GCAGGUGAGUCCUCUCUGGCAGGGCGGGCGGAGGGCCAGCCCCGGGGGCUCAGUACAGCAGUGGCAAGCUCUUGCUGAGUGCUACCCAGCUGAAUGAGGAUUCAUCAAACCGAUGAAAAGGGCUGAGGAGCACGUGUAAGAGGGCCUGGGACCCUGAAUCGUGCUUGUCUGUGAAAUGCAGUUAACGCAUCAGCUGGACCUAUUUCCCGAAUGCAGGGUGACCCUUCUGUUGUUUAAAGAUGUAAAAAAUGCUGGAGACUUGAGAAAAAAGGCCAUGGAAGGUGCUAUUGAUGGUGCAUUAAUAAACCCUAAGGUGAUUGUUGAUCCAUUUCAGAUACUUGUGGCCUCAAACAAAGCAGUUCAUCUCUACAGACUGGGAAAAAUGAAGACAAAAACUCUAUCAACUGAAAUUAUUUUCAACCUUUCCCCAAAUAACAAUAUUUCAGAAGCUCUGAAAAAAUUUGGUAUCUCAGCAAAUGACACUUCAAUUCUAAUUGUUUACAUUGAAGAGGGAGAAAAACAAAUAAAUCAAGAAGACUUAAUAUCUCAGGUAGAAGGUCAUCAAGUUUCUCUGAAAAAUCUACCUGACAUAACAAAUAUUACAGAAGUCAAAAAGAUAUAUAAACUGUCUUCACAAGAAGAAAGUAUUGGAACAUUGUUGGAUGGUAUCAUUUGUAGAAUGUCAACAAAAGAUGUUUUGUAAAAUGACAGAAAUAUUAAGAUUUUUCAUAAGAAAA